UGGGAGCUUGGCUCCUCAGGUGUAAGGGCAGGAAGAGCGGGGGCUGCCGGGCAGAACCUGAGCUCUAGCUCCGGAAAAAGCCAGGGUCAGCUGCUGUCCUUGAUGGGCUAGUUAGACAGCAGUUCAGAGCAGAAAAUGGAUUGUAUUCAGUGUGGCCAUAUUGGAAACCAGAAAGAGGCUCCGAGGGACUCCCCUCCCAGCUCCAUCUUCACAGUCUUGGCGUGAGGUUGGCGUGUACGCAGACGGUAACUUUAUGCUGCUCCCCAAAUGGGACACAAAGUGGUCGUGUUUGACAUUUCUGUCAUCAGAUCCUUGUGGGAAACUCGUGUCAAGAAACACAAAGCAUGGCAGAAGAAGGAAGCCGAAAGGCUGGAGAAGAGCGCCCUGGAGAAGAUAAAGGAGGAAUGGAACUUCGUGGCCGAGUGCAGAAGGAAGGGUGUGCCCCAGGCCCAGUACUGCAAGAACGGCUUCAUAGACACCAACACAAGGCUCCUGGAAAAGAUAGAGAGGAACUCAGUUGCUAGGCAGAGUGCGUGGGUCAAGGACAGAGACAAACGGAGCGAUCCGUUUGUGUUUGAACUUUCAGGGACACAGUGGACGGAGCUGCCGGAUUCGCUGAAGGAGCAGACGCACCUCAAAGAAUGGCAUAUCCACAGCACCCUGAUUCAGAUCAUUCCCACGUACAUCGAGCUGUUUCAAGCCAUGAGAAUUCUGGACUUGCCAAAAAACCAAAUCACAUGUCUUCCAGCUGAAAUUGGUCGCUUGAAGAACCUGAGAGAACUCAAUGUGAGUUUCAACCAUUUGAAGAACGUUCCCCCGGAGCUGGGAGACUGUGAGAAUCUAGAGAGACUGGACUGCUCUGGGAAUCUGGACCUGGCAGAGCUCCCCUUUGAAUUGAGUAAUCUGAAGCAAGUGACGUUUGUAGAUAUCUCAGCAAACAAGUUCUCCAGUGUCCCGAUCUGUGUCCUGCGGAUGUGCCGCCUGCAGUGGUUGGAUAUCAGCAACAAUAAUCUGAGUGACCUGCCGCAAGAUAUAGACAGGCUGGAAGAGCUGCAGAGCUUCCUCUUGUAUAAAAACAAGCUGACCUACCUUCCUCAGGCCAUGCUCAACCUCAGAAAGCUCACCUUGCUGGUUGUCAGUGGGGAUGACCUGGUGGAGCUCCCGACUGCCCUCUGUGAUGCCUCCACACCUUUGAAAUUUGUAAGCCUUAUGGACAAUCCUAUUGAUAAGAGCCAAUGUCAAGACAGCGAUGAAAUACUAGAAAGUGAACAGGACCGCCAGCAUUUUGAUAAAGAGUUUAUGAAAGCAUAUAUUGAAGAUCUUAAAGAACGAGAAGCCGUUCCCAGCUACACCACCAAAGUGUCAUUUAGCCUUCAGCUUUGAUCUGAUCCACCUGAAGACCACAAAAUCUUACCGCUCUGUGCUCUCCUGUCUUUGUCUACGCGUUACACCGUACAGGAAUUGUGGCUUGUGCUGAAGGACAAAGCUAGAAACUACCACUAUCACUGUUAAGAAAAAUAAUUUUCAAAUGUCAAAUGAGGAAGGCUGCUAAAUUUGCAUAAUGUUAAUAUUAAUAGAUGGAUUUGCAUACCAUUGUUCUAUAUAAUGCACAUUUAAUACUUUAGGAAAUAUAUUUUUUUAAAUAUAGAGCAACUAGGCAG